AUGUCGAUCACGUGCGCGGUCGCGAACGCCGCUGCGUUGGCCGCCGCGGGGGCAGGCAAGAAGGCCGCUCAGGUGCAGCUGCAGGCUGAGCUGAACACUGAUGAUGAGUGGAACAAGUUCUUGGCGAGGGACGGGCUUUUGGUGGUGGACGUGUACACGGAGUGGUGUGGCCCGUGCAUCGGCAUGGUCGGCAACUUGAAGAAAAUCAAAGUGGAGAUCGGCGGAGACAACCUGCAUCUCGCUAUCGCAAAAGCGGACACAAUAGAAAGCUUGAAGAGAUUCAGGAAUCGUAGCGAACCUACAUGGAUGUUACUUGCGGCUGGUCAGCUGCUCAACGUGGUGUUCGGAGCCGAUGCCCCUCGUCUCACGCGCACCAUAGAACAGGAGCUGCAGAACGAGGAGUUAGUGCGGAAAGGGGAAAGAGAGAGAGUGCAGCGCGCGCCACAUGAGCUUACACCGCAAGAACAAGAAGUUGCUCUCGCCCAAGAGAAGCUUCUAGAAGCGAGGCGAGCUAAAGAAGCGACAGCAGCGGCCAACGCUCGCACCGCGCGGCGCGAAGCGAGAGCGAAGCGUCUAGAGGCGCACUUUAACGACGUGUGCCCCGCGCUCAUGAUGCCGCAUGCACAGAAACACUUGCGGAAGGUGUCUGAUGCUCUUGAACCGUAUGGUGUGAUAAUAGCAGACAAAUGCCCUCUAGUGCUAACAAAAGACAAUGUCCGCGCUCUCUCCGUGGAAGACGAAACAUUAGGUACGGAAGAGGCGGCCGCGGCGGUCAUAGAGAGACCCUCCCUCACACUGCUGCUUAAGAAGUUGCCAGAUCGAGAGGGGAAUGUUAUAGAGUUGGCGCGUAAAGCAUUGUUCGGUGAUGGGAUAGAGUUAGAAGAAGGGGAAACCAAAAAAUUCCUAGCCGAUGAGCUUAUGUUGAACACAGUACCCGGGUUGUUUGUUCCCGCUGACAGGCAUCAGCGGGCGGCAGCUUUGGAUCUACUGUUUCCUAAGAUGGUAGGAGCAGUGGUCGAACCGCCUACUCCCGCCGAGCCCCCCCACUUACUCAUGAUCUUCGGCGCUUGGCAACGACGCGCCAUCCUCACAGUCACAUCGUCGCCCAAGCUGGCCCAACGUUUGAUCAGAUACGGCUUCUUUGCAGAUGCUAAUAUAGACGAGCCCAAAUUACUGGCCAAGAACAUCGAUCGGUAUGAGGAGAGGCCGGAAAAGGAUUACUCAGAAACAAUCGCCCUAAUGGUAGCAGUUGGCGUAGCUGAACCAGCGCUAGUAGACCCAUCAGACAUCCCCCCUGACGGACCCCCAGAGGAGCUGCUUACCCUGGGCCCGCUCCACGUGAGCGAGGACACGGUUAUCGGGGAGGAGGAGUGUGGGAGGUUCUUCCCUCCUGGCUAUAGCGUGCCUGAACAUAAGCCUAAACCGAAGUCUAAGAAAAAGAAGAAGAAGCGUCACGAAAUUAAGGAUGGUGAGGAAAACGCAACAGAAACAUCCACCGAAGUUGCUGAAGAUGAAGUUGUGGAUGCUGCGGAAGGGGAUGGGGAUGGGGAGGGCGAGGAUGCCGGCGAAGAUAACGGGGAUGGCGAGGAUGAAAAGGAUCCUGAGGAUGGGGAGGAUGAAACGCACGUUGAUAAAGCGACUUCACCACCGCCUAUUGCUACUUAAUUUUUAUGUUAAUUCAUAUGUUUGUAAUAGAAUAUCUCUGCUCUUCAAAA